GGUGAGGUCGCGGUGCUGGAAAGGUAUCCAUGAUGAUUCAAUGAAUAUCAUAUGCUACGUUCCACAGGAAAAUAGAAGAAGUGAAAAAAGAUUCACGUAUGCGUAAUUUACAGCUUACUGAAAAGUAUGGCUCAAGAGAUCAAAAAGUUCAGACUUGUUGAUGCAGUCAGUCUGAUACCGAUGAGUGAACCUAUUGUUGGUAUCUCGGGUGUUGUGGAGAAUACAAACCACCAAGGAUCUGAUUUCAAAUGUCAAAUUUGCAAUUUCCAGUGCAGUAUAACCAGUAUUCUUCACCAUCUUGUCAGCUUUCAGCACAGGAUGGAAUUCUUGAAACGUUAUAAAGCAGACAUAUAUAAUGAAGUGAUAAAACUUGUAUCAAGGAACCAGCAGAAUGAAAUGGUUAAAAGAAAGUGUUUGGAGAUUCAAGCACUAGAAGGUCGAGGACUGCCACAGAGACGUGCACAGAAUAUGGCUCUGUCAAAUAACCGUGCCAAAAAUGAUGAUAAACCAGCACAAAUGGAACCAGGGUUCAUUGUAUUUCCUACAUUUGACAAGACCCAAGGCACCCUCACUCCUGCACAGAAGACACAGGCUAUUUUAACACUGAGGUUAUUACUACUGGAUGAGUUCAGCAAACGAGGGAUUCCUCCUCACGUAACCAGGCAAAUUGUAGAAGCAAGACUUCAACUUUUAGAGGAGUAUGAAAAACAAGGUGUGCCUUUUCACAUUGCCAAAGAGAGAGUAAUUCAUGAAGAAGAAAGGUGGAAUCUUUUAGUUGACUUUGAGAGACAAAGCCUUUCCUUUGAAGAGGCAGAGCAGAGGAUUGAUCGACGAUUCCAGCUUUUGAAUAUGUAUGAAAAACAGGCAUGCAGCGGGCAGAUGCAGCACAGAAAAUCCUCAGAGAGGAAGUGGUCCGUGAUUUUAAGGCAGAAUUCGUGAGGUUAGGAUAUAUGCAUACAGAAGCCCAAGAGCUGGCAGAAAGGAGACUGUUUCUUUUAGACAAAUAUCAAAGAAAGGGGUUUUCCCCAGAAGAAGCUAGCAAAAAAUUAAUUGCUGAGGAAUUGGAAGGAAGAGAUUCAGAUGCU